UCCUGCGUGUCUAACCUACCUUGUUAUCAGCUGCUAACUGUGCUUACUCAGCUGCUUCUCCAUCACUUGGUAGACAUGUCUUCAAUAAGAGAAAGAGCUGCGGCGUUAAACCUGGCAGAGAAGUUGUGUGUGCGUCCUCAAGCUCAUGGAGUGGCCAGUAAACCAGUCCAGUCUUCCUCCAUGUGGAGCGGCCUCAUCUCCCACCUCAGGUCUUCUGUGACGGUGAAGCGUCGACGGGUCCACCUCAAGUCUCACAGCGACUGUUUCCUCGGCUCGGAGGCUGUUGAUGUUGUGACAGAACACUGUGUCAAAGUCUUUGAGGGUGCCAACGUGACGCGAGACAAAGUGGUGUGUGUGUGCCAGGCUUUGCUGGACUGUAAUGUGUUUGAGGCAGUGGGUACCAACGUGUUUGGCAAAGACAAGAAGAAGCAGGAUGUGUUUCAGGACAGCAAGAGUGCUCUUUACAGGUUUGUAGGCGCGUGCUCUCCUUCGGUCGAUGAGUUGGAAAGAGGUGUGCUUGUGAAGGGGAUCCAAAGACAUUUCUGCAGUGCUCCUUCAGAGAGGCAGGAAGAGCAGACAUGUCCCACUGGGCCACAUGUUCAGAUGUCCACCCCUGUCAAAUUUACUCAGACAUCCACAAAAGCCGAACAACUGGACACUCCUUCCGCCGCCAGCCUGACAGUGGAGCCUCAGGUGGACAGUGUGAGUCCCAGCAGAGUGCAGACGGACACUGUUUUACCACAAUCAUUGGUAGACGAGGUGUGGCAGGAACAGACUCUGCUCAGGCUGUUAACCGUGGUGGAGCUCCCCCUGCUGGAAGGGGUGCUCCAAUGCAGCCAGACCUCAUCCCCUCCUCCUCCAUCAAACCUGCUGGCUCACAGUAACCCAGACCUGAUCUACAGCAGCAACCACCUGGACAGGCAGAUCCUCAAGGCCUUCAGGGACUCUCAGGAGGACGAGUGGCUCUGUGCAGCCAUGGGUUGUCUGGAUUACCUCCCCGACCAGCCAGUGGUGGAGCUGAGCAGGGAGCUGCCUCACUGUUUCCCGCAAGAUCAGGAAAUCUUUGAGAAAGUGCCAGCUGGUAGCAUUUCACAGGAUGGAGUGCAGCCUCUGAGGUCUGUGUCCAGGCCAGUCAACAGCAGUGAUGAGCAGCCUCGUCUCUCCCAGAGAGGUUUGGCUCAGUGUAAGCUGCUGCUGUACGGGACCCUGGUGAAACAUUACAGCCACACAGACAGACCUGCACUGCUGCCCCAGCACAUGACUGACAUCUACUCAGCCAUCACUGGCCUGCUGGUUAGUGUGUCUCUUGCCUUCCCAGUGAAUGCUAAAUUGGCCACGGCUCUUGAAGUUGUGCAGUUGUGUCUGAAGCUGCUGCCUCCUGGCUGCAGAGAGGAGCUACGCAAGCUGCUUACAUUCAUGGCUCUGGCAGCUGACCCGCAAGGGAUCAAACUGGACAAAGAGAUGGAGAACAGACAGGCGGUGAAGAGGUCUUUCUCCAGGGCAAUCCUCAACAGCAGGGUUCUUUCAAAGGAGAAAGAGGACUUGAUGGUGGUCUUCAUGCUCAGCAACAUAAAGGACAUUUUUAAGAUUCCAGGGACUCUGCACAAAGGAGUGAGUGACAAGCUGGCCGUCCUCGUACAGGGGAAGCAGCCCGAUGUGACUGGCUUUACAUUCUGUCAGCAGGUCUGCAGCAGGACUUACACUGACUCUACAAAGAAGACCACCAACCAGGAACUGUGGGAUCUACUCAGCAGCAUCCAGCAGGACACAAAGAUGUCUGCCAAGGAGAGAAAGCGCCUACUCGGACAGUUUUACCAAGCCCACCCAGAGAUAUUUAACCAGUUCUUUGGUGAAUCUGCUGUUAAUGUGCUGUAGACAAUGACACAGGCACAUAGUCUACAUCGCUCUGUCCUCUACAGUCCAUCUCACCAGUCGCUAGUUUUUGCCUUUUUAAAUUUCUGGUUAAUUGUUGGUGUGUUAGACACAAGCUAACUGACUUAAAAGACAUAUUUGUGACUGACAAUAAAUCUUAGUGGAGAUUGUAAAGAUACCUCCAGCAUAUGAUUGCACUUGUAUGUGUGUAUUUGCUUUAUUAUUGAACAAAAUAAAUAAACUGUUGAUAUAA